CGGUUUAUUGGCUGCGGGCGGAAGUCAAAACAAAACAUUUUGAGAAGUUUCAGUGUCAGUCCUGGGAUCAGUGUGAACGGGGACAGAAGUUCCGACCGGAUUGUAAAUAGAAGUCAGAUUCUAUCUCAGUCCUUCUCCUCAGCCAUGGAGGAGGUGACUCGUCUGGUUUCCACGGGGGACAGCGUGAAGAUCUGGGAUGCGGUUUCCAUGGCACCGCUGGAGCAGUUUAACCCGCACAGCGUCAGUCACCCCGUGGCUCAGGCCUGCUGGAGCUCCAACAACCAGUACCUGGUCAGUGCCAGCAGCAGUGGGGACAAACUGGUGGUCUCCAGCCUCAAGUCCUCUCCAGCUCCAGUGGUGGAACUGGGUGAUGGGAAGAAGCAGACCCGUGUGUGUCUGAGUUCCUCGUCUCAGUUCGUGGUCAGUGGAGGUCUGGAUCACUGCGUCCACAUCUGGGACCUGAAGACCAAGAGACUCCACCGCUCGCUCAGAGACCACAAAGAGGAGGUGACCUGUGUGUCCUUUAACGCCAACGACAGCUACAUCGCCUCCGGAUCCACCAGUGGGGACCUGGUCCUCCACAGUCUCACCACCAACCUGUCCAGCAAAGCCUUCGGACACGGCAGCAACCAGCCCGUCCAUGACCUGAGGUUGUCCGCGGUGAAGCGCUCGCUGCUGGGCAGCGUCUCCGAUAGUGGGACCGUGGUUCUGUGGGACUCCAACACCCAGAAGGAGCUGCAGGUGUUCGACAGCGCUCACAAGGCUCCGAGCUCGGGCCUGGCCUUCUCCCCGACCUCCGACCUCCUGGUGGUCAGCGUCGGUCUGGACAAGAAGAUCAUCUGCUACGACACGGCCAGCAAGAUUGUCCUCAAGUCCAUCCGUGUGGACAGUCCUCUGACUGCAGUGGACUUCACUCUGGACGGGACGGCUCUGGUGGUCGGGUCCACUCAGGGGAAGAUCUACCAGUACGACCUGAGGAACUCUAGCGCCCCCACCAGGGUGACGGUCGCCCAUAAGACCUCCGUCACCUGCCUGCGCUUCCAGAGCAACACCAACAGGAACAAGUCCAGUAAAGUCGGCUCCUCCAAACUCUCCGGUGCUAAGAGGUCUUCAACCAAGAUGUCCAGCAGCAGCAUGCCAGACCCCGCCCCUCACACAGGCCCCGCCCCCAUCAGACAGGUGACGAGCACAGCAGGAGGCGCCGGCGCUGAGGUGCUGAGCCGGGAGGCUGAAGGCCAGCAGGGGUCUGAGCAGCCCCCCCUCCUGGACAAGUUUACCAGCGUUGGACGCAACAGUCUGGACAUAUUCUCUCCGGCUCGAGAAGAUGCGAGGACGCCCAGAGACUCUCAGUCUGCACGACCACAUGUUACCAGUUUGGAGAUGCUGUCCAGAGAAGGGGAGGGUCAGCAGCUGAUUGGCCGGGCCAGUCUGGACAUCUUCUCCCCGGUCAGAGAAGACGCUCCUUCAGGAACCAGCUCCCACCGGAAGACGCCCCUGGGAACUCCUCUGCUGGGCCCCGCAGGGACGUCCUACAGCCCGCUGUCCAUCUUCCAGUCGCCGCUGCCCGUCACCGCCGAGGAGCCAAUCACAGCAGCAGCAGGCGAACCAUGUGACCCCCGAAAGGCCAGUGGCUCCAGUCUGGAGGGGGAGGGACAGGCCACGCCCACCUCGGCCCAGCAGGCCAAUCACAGUCAGCCGGCGCCGUCGUUCUUCACGCCGGAGCCCGGCCUCAGGAGAACCAAUGGCGUUCAAGCUCAGCUGAGCUACGACUCACCUGUCCAUGUAGCUCCGCCCACCAGCUCUGCAGGUGCAGCCUCGUCGUCGGCCGUGUCGUCGUCUCUCUCUCAGAACAUCGCAGACGUGGUCGGACGAGGAGGAGCCGCUCCUCUCACCUCGCUGCAGAUCCACUUCAUCCAGAACAUGAUCCACGAGACUCUGGAGGAGUUCAGAGACGCGUGUCACAAAGACAUCAUCAACCUCCAGAUGGAAAUGAUCCGACAGUUUUACAUCCAGCUGGUUGAGAUCCACGGUCUGGUGGAGAAAUACUCUGUGAACGAGUCUCUGGUGGAGGAGAUCGAGAAGCUUCGGGAGGAGAACCGCCGGCUCAGGGCCAACUACUGACCCGAGGCCGAUGAAUCACGUAUAAUUUAAUGAGAUGUAAUAUAAGGAGCCGUGGUGAAUGCCUCAGUGUUUUAUUCACAUUUUGUCUCAAGAAUAAAACGAGUUAUAAAAGAA